AGUUUCACCGGCUUCAAUGUUCCCAGUACAUGCUCUACCAUGGCUUAAUUCAGUUACUGCCUAAGGUCAACUUCGAACAUCGUAAAAUAAUCAUCACGUUUACACAAAAUAUACAUCUUACAACUUUUAAUACAUCAAAGAUAAAAAUAAAGAAUUAAAAUCUCAGUUACAAGUACAAAAACUUCAGUGGCAUUUAAGUAAAAAAUCACGUGAGUAAGUUCCGAAAGAAGGAAGUUGAACUUUUUUUUCGUUAUUUGAUGUUUGUUAAAUUUUACAUUGUUAUGUAAGUUACGUUAUGCAUUUAAUGUAUAUUAAGUGGUAAAUCUGGGAUACGAGAAAAAGAAGGAUUCCGCCUAAUAUUUUCCAAGUAUAUUACAUCACCUUAAAGUAUCUAGAAAUGGAGAUAGCGAAGGAACUUGUAUUCACCCUCAAGCAAAAUAAUAAGUCGCACGUUGGAUACGGAUUGCAAAAGGAGUGCGAGGCUCUCGUCGGGCAUAUCUUGCAGAAUAUGGUCAGAUCCCAGAUGCCUUCUCUGCACGCUGUAACGAAAAACGAGGAGGACUCCGUUAGAUACAGAGAGGAAGGUAAUCAACAUUUUGUGAUGGGCGACGACCUGGAAGCCAUCGAGUGUUACACCCUGAGCCUGGCAUAUGCCGACAGCGAUGAACUCAUGGCACAUGCACACGCGAACCGUUCCGCCGCUUUAUACAGGAAACAAUUGUACAAGGAAUGCCUCAUAGACAUCGACGCGGCUCUGUCUCACGGAUAUCCCAAGGCAAAGCAGAGGAACCUGAAGGACAGGGGCGAUAAAGCGAUAACGGAGAUAAAACGGUUGCUGCAGCUGGAAGACUCGGAGGAUGUCGAUCAUCAGAGAACUGCAAAGUCGGAAAACGACGAGCGCAUAGGCGACGGAACGACGGCGGUGGAAAACGGUCAAGGGAGUUCGAAGAAGCAGGGCGCGACAGCGAACGAAAAUUAUCUUCAUUACGUUGCGAAGAUCCCGCCGCAGAAGCCGCGGUACUUGCAGCAGGAGGAUUUCUCCAAGUUGACGUACGGCCCGAGCCGAGAAGUUCCCGCGGUCAGCGACGGCGUAGCGAUAUCUUUCUCGGAGAGAUACGGCAGGCACUACGUGGCGACACGGGAAUUUAAACCCGGCGACAUAGUCAGCAUCGAAGAUCCGUAUGCACAUGUUAUCUACGAAGAACGGUAUUACACGCAUUGUCACUAUUGCCUAUCCAGAAGCUACAAUCUAAUACCGUGCCCAGAAUGCCCGAUAGCGCAGUAUUGUUCCGAGAAUUGCAGGAAGCUGGCCUGGGAAGCAUGCCACGUGACGGAAUGCCCAAUUCUAAAGCUGUUGACGAACUUGCUCAAUGUGGACAAGGAUAAAAUACGAAUGAUUUCCAAGAUCAUUCGAUUGCUGAUCGUGGUGACCGAGAACGGGACCAAAAUCGACCAACUGCAGCAAGACAUGAAAACGGCGGAAUCUAAUUCAGACAAUAGAACGGCAGGAUUUACAGACACUGGGAUAUUAGACAGCUUUAGCGGCCGGUCCGCGCUGAGCCUGGCAACCAAUAUGACCACGAGACCGCUCAUCGGCAUCAGCGCGUUCGCCUGCAUCUCGGCGCUCGCGGGAAUUCUUCUAGCCACGCAGACAAAAUUUUUCCCCAAGAAAUACAAGAUUGACGACUUGAAAGACAUCGGCGAGUUUUCCGAGCUCAAGUUUUGCGCGAGUAUUAUGUUUCGUGCCUGCGUGGUAAUGUCGUCUAAUUGCUUCUCAAUACAACAAGAACCUGGAAUUGUGUCGGGUUCAGGCCUGUAUGUGGCUCACAGCCUGUAUAAUCAUUCUUGCGCGCCAAAUACUUUCCGACAUUUCGAGGGACUGACAAUGAUCACGCGUGCCUUGACACCUGUACGCCCUGGGGAUCAAAUAUUCACAAGCUACGGCGGCGUUUACGCGCUCAUGCCACGAUCCGAGAGGAAACACAAGAUACUGCAGGAUUACUUUCUUGAUUGCGAUUGUCCGGCAUGCACGAACGACUGGCCGAUGUAUAAUGAGGUUCUGCAACAUCACAUCGGAUCUAUCUCCAAGGAUAAGCAACUUGUAGAAAAACUGAGGCCUUUCAGAGAGAGAUUGCUCGCAAAUAUGUACGACAUCGAUGCAGUGAAGGCCGUACUCGGUAUAUUACACAGGGAAGUUAGUGAACAUCCAUGCGAGGAGAUACUCCACGCGGAGCAGUAUUUAAAGAGUUACUAUUUGGAUCCAUAAAUCGUCAAGAGGUAUUGAUGGUAAGGAAAUAGAUUGUGAAGGAAUAUUCUUCCUUUUAGAAAAUUAUAUAGCAGGAAUAUGUUAUAAUAUGUAAAUUGCAUAUAUAAAUCUUGUACAUUAGUGAAAUUUGCAAUAUGAUUUUAUUGCCAUGGCACGAAAGCAAACUAAAAAUCAGAUUAUUUAUAAACAUACUUCAGCCAUUACAAGCACUGGAAAGAGAUUAAUUACUUAAGAGAGAUAGAUUAUAGUUUGUAUUAUCUUUAAAAUAUGCUAUUCUAUCACAAAUCGUAGAUCAAGCGACAUAAAAGGAAAGCCAGAAGGUGAUCUAGGAGAAUAAACAAUAUAGCACGAUUUGAAAUAGAAAAGAUAUUAAUAAUUACUUGUAUAUUUCAUCGUAAUAGGCAUUCAAUAUAUGACAUUGUUACAAUCGGUAUUUAACAGUGUCGGAUAGGAAAAAGUUUCGGGGGCAGUGUUUCAAUUUCAUUCUGUGUACACUAUACAUUACUUUAUCAAAGUAAAAAACAAUUUACACUGUUUACGAGUGCGAGUAUCUCAGCAAGCUCGGCGUCGAUUCGAUAAACUGAAGAACCGUUAAUAGCACUUUAUACUUAGCGAUAAAAAUUAAAAUCUGUCUUCAACACGUAGAUACAUCUCCUUUCUUUUCAAGCGCGCGCACACACACACACAUACACUCACAUGUGCGAGAUGUGACAAUAUAUUACGCUUCAAAGAUUAAAAUAAGCUCAAUAUAGAUUUGCCAAUAAAAUUGUAAGAUAAAUUUAGAGGACAUUAAAAAAACUUAUCUACAAAGAUUAAAACUUAUCACGCUAAGGAUAAUCGAUGUUAUCGUCAAUAUAUAUAUUUAGAGUUAAAAUAUUCAUCAAUUUAAAUUAAAAAAUCGAUCGUGUCAUCCGUGUAAAGGAAAAUUAAUGCAAAAAUACGAAUCGAUAGGAGGGUUACAUCUCUUUCAGUCUGUCUGCACUUUAAAUUCAUUUUUUUAUCGUAAGAGAUAAUCGGCGCAUGUGUGUGGUUAAGGAAAACUGCAGUUUCCGGAAUAUGAAUCAUCAUUCUCGUGACAAUCCUACUGAGAUCAAAAUUAUAAAAUAUUCAAUAUAAUCGGUACUCCCGCCGUAAAAAGACAAGCUACGAAACAUAUAAAUUUGCUGCGAAAAAGAAACUAUAAUAUACACAUAUAUGUAUAUAUAUGUGGUAUGUUUCUAAAAAUUGAUAAAGUAUCAAGAAAUGUAUCUUGCAACAAUAGUUCAUCGCUGAAAACUAUCCAUGUGACUAUUUCAUCUAAAAAAAAAAAAGACUGCCGA